CAGUGGUAUAUUGGCAAAAUACCACAAACCCCUGAGGUGCCUUAUUGCUAUUAUAAACUGGUUACCAGCCUAAUUACAGCAGUAAAAAUAAACGUUUGGUCAUACCAGUGGUACACGGUCUUAUACACAACAGCUUUCUGAAAAUCAGCAUUUAGGGCUCAAGGAUGGGAGCACAAUAAUAGGUCUACACAAUAGGCUGUCGCUGAUUCUUUAAGCCAUACUGGGAAUCCCCCUUGGAGGGUCCCCAUCAUAGGUUGUGGAAAGCACACGAGCAAUGGUGGUGGGACAAAACACAGUAAGCGGAAGGUAUUGUGAAUCUGAAUUCACGUCCGGAUUUCACGAAGUCGGCGGGGACAUCGCUGGAUUUCAACCAAGGCUAGAACUGUCACUUUCACUAGAGCAUACGUUUGGCUUCUUGAUCUGUGAUAGGCCGGUAUUGCUGUUGGGAAGAUCCGCUGGUAUGAGCUAACAUGGAAACCAAACCAUUCCUUUCUUUUGGCUUCCUCAAGAGCCAGUGCUCGGUAGCCCCACCUCCUCAGCGAUGGUGCCCGGGGGAGACGGGCGGCUCGCCCACAGCAUGCUUGUGCUUCACAGGCAUUUGCCCACUUCACCAGCACAGAAGACCCACAGAUUCCUCCGGUCAGCUGUCCUCACCAUCGCUCCGCUCACACCACGCCCAUAGGGGAAUGGGUGCUCACCGAUUGCACCCAUCUCUGCUCAUCCCAUCGUCUGUGAGCUCCUCAGGACCUCCACACUCACCCAUCUGCACCGUGAGCUCGCCCAUCACCAGCUUGGCUUUGCCCUUUUCUGUCAGCAGCCGUCCAGCGGGACACCACUCUACCUCCUCCAGCAUGGGCUUCAGCCCGCAGCUCAGCUUCCCAGUGAUCCCCAGUAGCAGCAUCAUUAUCAGCACAGAGGACAUCAAACCCCCACUGGGCCAAAACAGAGUGCUAAAGGUUCCUGCUCAGCCCACAUGCACCUGUCUCUCCUUUAACAAACACAUCUGUGCCAUCUGUGGAGACCGCGCCUCAGGUAAACACUAUGGAGUAUAUAGCUGUGAAGGUUGCAAGGGCUUCUUCAAGAGAACAGUGAGGAAAGAGCUGACGUAUACCUGUCGAGACAACAAGGACUGUCUGAUUGACAAGCGCCAACGCAACCGGUGUCAGUACUGCCGCUACCAGAAGUGUCUGGCCAUGGGCAUGAAGAGAGAAGCUGUGCAGGACGAGCGCCAGAGAGCCAAGGAGAGGCGCGAGAGUGAGGCGGACUCGUUAGGUUGUGCUAAUGAAGACAUGCCUGUGGAGAGGAUAGAGGAGGCGGAGCUCGCUGUGGAGCUAAAGACCAAGACAUGCAUCAAGGGGAGCCUGGGCGUGCCCACCAACUCACCCAACGACCCUGUGACCAAUAUAUGCCAGGCAACAGACAAGCAGCUCUUUAACUUGGUGGAGUGGGCCAAGAUGAUCCCCCACUUCUCAGAGCUGGUCCUGGACGACCAGGUCAUCCUCCUAAGAGCAGGGUGGAAUGAGCUCCUCAUAGCUUCUUUCUCCCAUCGCUCCAUCACUGUGAACGACAGCAUUCUGCUGGCAAACGGACUCCAACUGCACCGCAACAGCGCCCACAGUGCAGGGGUGGGGUCCAUCUUUGACAGAGUGCUGACUGAGCUUGUGUCGAAAAUGCGAGACAUGCAGAUGGACAAGUCUGAGUUAGGGUGCCUUCGAGCCAUCGUUCUCUUCAACCCAGACUCAAAAGGCUUGUCAAACCCAGGGGAGGUUGAGGCUCUCAGAGAAGGGGUGUAUGCUUCACUGGAGGCAUACUGUAAAUACAAAUACCCCGGCCAACCAGGAAGAUUUGCCAAACUGUUACUUCGAUUGCCAGCCCUACGUUCCAUUGGCCUCAGGUUUCUGGAGCACCGGUUCUUCUUCAAACUGAUAGGGGAUACACCCGUUGACACAUUCCUCGCGGAAAUGUUGGAAGCUCCACGCCAAAUGACGAAACAGCACUGCAGUUGAAGACGGUCUGUCCAAUACUUGCAUCAAAACGGAGAGAACUGGUAAUUUGCCUGAUUGACAGACUGUAAGUUUGAACACAAGAACUAGUGGACAGCAAACCUAUGGCUUUGUUUAAUGUACAGUAUAUGUAUUUAUCAUAGUUUUGUGUCAAAGUGAAAUGUCUUGAAGGGCCAGAGUCUGCCACAAACCAAAGCAUGAGACCUUUUUCACAAUGAAUUAUAAUGUCUUCUCGCUUCAGAUUCAACACUGAACAUUGUCAUAACAGAUCAAGACUCCGUGCCACAAACCAGCGACCUCAUCAUCCUCCUGCCUUAGACAGGUCUACCUCUUGUAGUCAUUCUCAUAUUCUGUGAUAAUAACAACAUGGUCCGGCCAAACUCGUUGUCUAGGAUGAUCUCCUGUUAUACAUGUCUUCUCCUCCUUAAUGAAAAUGUUCUCAUGUGACUAUAUAUGGCAGACGAGGGUAAUGCAUAUUUAACUGGAACCCCUUGACAGGGAUAAUGGUUCAGGUGACUUCAGCUCAAGACCAAGGGUAGUUUUUCUACUCCAAGAGCUUAACUUUGUCAAGCAGAGAAUGGCUCCAGUCAGUAGCUCACUGUGAGGACAGAGGAGGCUGAUAGGAGGAGCUAUAGGAGGACGGGCUCAUUGUAAUGGCUGGAAUGGAAUAAAUGGAACGGUAUCAAACACAUCAACCAUAUGGAAACCUCACGUUUGACUCCGUUCCAUUUAUUUCAUCUAUUAUAAUGAGCCCAUCCUCCUAUAGCUCAUCUCACCAUCCUCCACUGUAUGACUAGCAUGCAACUGUAGUGGGGAGGAUCAAUAAGGUCUUCACUAAUGAUAAUUCACAUAUCAACAUGUAGUGCUCAUUUCUGUAUUGCUAUGGGGUUUUUAUGCUGCUGCUGUUUGCUUUGUGUUGGUAUGUCCAAAGAGGAGCAGUGGUAAACAUCUUCCAAUGUAUAGAAUGAUGCAUCGGUGUGUAGGUCAGUGUUUCCCAACACCAGUCCACGAGUACCCCCAACAGCAAACAUUUUUGUUGUAGGCCCAGACAAACUCACCUGAUUCAACUCAUUGAUGGCCUGAUGAUUAGUUGACAAGUAGGUGUGCUUGUUUGGGGCAACAAGAGGGUUUACUGGUGGGGGUACUGGAGGAAUGGAGUAGGGAACCCCUGGUGUAGGGGACUGUCUGUAAGUGACUCUCUGUAGUAUCUGAUAGAUAUAAUGCACACAUAAGGUCUCUGAUGCCAACUGGUGCAUCACACAAAAGUAAUGCAACUGCCCAAGUACAUUAGGACAUGAGAAGAGAGCAGUGUUGUAAUUACUCAUUGCUACAAUGUGUUACAAUGUUACUUACAGCAGUAAUCCUAUCCAUAACUCCUAAACCUAACCAAUCCUAUCGUACGCUAUUCAAGUGUAAUACUGGGUAAGUGCAAUACAUGUUACACUGUAAUACCAGGAGUAAUUAGACUGUGAUAAGGGCACUGUAAUUUAAAUUCUAACCCACAUUUCCCAGACCAUGCAUAACAGAAGACAUGCAAGAGAAUAAUGAUUGAGGAGAUCAAAAGAUGGCAGAGAAUUUUAAAGAAUUGUUUCAGUCAGAAGUACAAUAUUCAGGUUGAGCAGCUAGGAAUAUUUUUGGAACCUCAUAUGUAUUUUAAUUGUAUUUAUUUGAACCUUUAUUUGAUCAGGGAGUCACGCUGAGACCAAGAGCCCUGAAUAACAGAAAUGACAGAAAUUCAAGCAGAAAGAAAAUACAGUUAUAACAAACAGUUCAUUUAGAAAUGAAAUAACCACAAAUCAAUGAACAAUAGUAGCAAACAUAGCCUGCAUCUCGUUCAACCACCUUUUUUUAAGCAGAUCUAUUAGUUCGUAUUUUAGCGGCAUCAUUGCUUACUGAGCCACUCAGGACUAGUGUAUUUUAGGAUGAACAAUAAUCUUGUUUUUUGUUUUUCCUCAUUUAAAACAUGGCAACAUGUCGUUUAAAGGGGAAAUCUACAUUCAUCUUUGGUAUUUAAAAAUAAUUAUAUAUAGACAUUGAAUUUUGAAGAAUAUGGGUUAUAAAUGUCUCAUGAGCUACGUUCAACUGUCUUACUCCACCAAACUGGUGUUCACUGGGAAGUAAACCAAGAACAAAUGUAGUACACUGUCUUUAUUUGACGUGUUCUGUUUAGAGAGCAUGUUGUCUUACCUGAGCAGAAAACUCUCUGCAGCCCUGGCUCCAUUUACACAUGCUGCUCCAGGCCAGACCAUGCUCCAGGCCAAACCAUGCUCCAGGCCAGACCAUGCUCCAGGCCAGACCAUGCUCCAGGCCAGACCAUGCUCCAGGCCAGACCAUGCUCCAGGCCAGACCAUGCUCCAGGCCAGACCAUGCUCCAGGCCAGACCAUGCUCCAGGCCAGACCAUGCUCUAGGCCAGUUAUAGCUGAUGUCACAUUUUGCAAUGCACCCAUGCACCAAUUCAACCCAAUGAACCCAUGAUGUCGAUUCCCCAAUUAUGUAUAGUUUUAAAUCAUGUGUUUGCCAUGUCUUGUACAACUUGUUCGUUUUGAUAAUGUAAUACAAAUAUUAAUAGUGUUAGCUAUAAAGGUGGCAAGGUGUGUAUACACGCUUCUGAUGUUCUUCUCUAUAGGAAGUUUAUCAUCAGCUUGUACUUCACUGUUACUUAUUAAAGGCCUGGAAGCUUUUCAACAGUAAAACAUUUCUUAUGAUACUUAUUUAAACAGAGGACCCAAUCAUGUGUAGGGUACAGCCUCUGUCAGCACAGUGUCUAGGGUACACUGCUUAAAUAAGUAUCAUAAGAAAUGUUUUACUAUUGAAAAGCUAUAUGCCAACUAUGUGUAAUAUGCUACGCGUAUGUGUGAUGCAGAGGGCAAUAUGUAGACUGUUAUGUUACAUGCAUACCUCUAGAGGGAGACAUUGCUUUUUUACAAAGUGGCAUUGACAAAACUUGUAUAGGAGGAGCAUAGUGAAUUGGGGGAUAUCACAGUCAAUACAGCCAAAGACGUGGCACAUUUUUAAUAAGGCAUAUCCUGUUUUUCUGAAAGCUCAAAGCACUAAUAACUCUACCCCUAAUUAUUACUGAUUGAAUGUGACAUUAAUAUUUCAGCAAAACUCCUUAAAAAUGUUUUUGCUGAUCAUAAGUUACUGGUGUUGACAGUCCAAUAAGCAGUUAUGCCAGUUCUGGUAGUCUGGAUUGAAUUUAGAGGUAAUGUUGAACAUGGCUCAGUCUCACUCAGGUUGAAGUGAUGUGUGUUGACAUGACUAAUCAUAUCCAUGGGAGUAUUUGUCUCCGUUGCCCAAAGAAAAAGGUGAUUAGUGUUAUUUUUAAGUUGAUAAGGCUGUUAUGAAAUGGUGAUUGGGGAAGAGGCAAAGCAUCUUUGCCGAACAAUUUUGUCAAAGAAACCUAACUGUGACUUUGGUCAGCUCACUUAAUAUGACUGAGAAUGUUUAGCCGGAGUACAUCUCAAAGUCAUGAAUUUUGUUUGAGAGGAUAACUAAAGACAUUUGCUCACAUUUCUAGUACAGUAGGUUGUGUAGUUCUUCUGUUUUAACCCUAACCACAAGCAUACAGAGGAAAUACCGAGAUGUAACCCCUGAGGAUGUUGUGUCCUAGAAGUUAAGAGUUAAGAGUUCAUUUCAUAAUUUUGGUGAGUGAAUGACAGCACUGACGUUGCCACAAUUUCGGACAAUUUGAAUGAUGUUUGCAGCAGCUUCCUGAAACGAUGCAUAAGAAAGAUUGACAGGUUGUGUUGACAGGACGUUUUUCAAAAUGUCAACCUGGCCGGUCCUAUUUCUGGAGUUUAUGCUGGGCAUAUUGUCUCAUGCCUCAUCGGCCGCCAUCUCUCUGGUCUCGUUGAUGUCCUCAUAGAGAGUUGGGCUGCGAUGUCUCUUUGAAUUAAGAGGAGCUAUAGGGAGCCCCUAACUAAUGUGCCAGUCUUUGUCAAGUUUCCUCAGUCCUCACAGCUGUUUUCCCCCUCAGAGCAUCUUCACUAACAAAACAUCAUAGCCCAGGGUAAAGAGACGAAUGUCUGAUGUAUCUCUGCCGGGAUCCCCGGCUCUCUUGACAUCCAGUCCCUCCUACAAUUAUCUGCUAAUUGACAGGCCCUAUCAGCCUGCUGGUGGCCACAGCUGACAAGUGUGAGAAGGCUGAGGUGAGGUGGUGGGGAAAUGCCAGUCAUUGCAGGAUUAUCAGCGCAAAGGCCAACGACAUAGCAGUAAUCUGACCUGGCUGUAGCUAGCUGGUGGGACUCUCUUUCUGGUGCAGCAGAUCUCACACACACACACACACACACACACACACACACACACACACACACACACACACACACACACACACACACACACACACACACACACACACACACACACACACACACACACACACACACACACACACACACACACACACACACUUGUUGCUUCUUCUUUCUCUACCUCCACUGUCUGAUGAUUUCAUACUCCACAAUGACAUUUUGUGAUUAAUUAAGAUAGGUGUGAGAUUGGCUGAAGACCGAUACCCCCUCGCCUUAUUGCCCCCAUAACAUGUCUGGGAAAUACAGUCACCCUAUGCCCCACAAUACCCACUGUACACACACACACACACACACACACACACACACACACACACACACACACACACACACACACACACACACACACACACACACACACACACACACACACACACACACACACACACACACACACACACACACUUCAGGUCCCAUGGCUGUUGACUGUUCAGCCAGUGUGCCUGAGGCCUGCCUGCCUGCCUGUCCUGUCUGAAUCCUUCUCAGCAUGGUUAAGUUCAGCCUCAGUGUUCACGCGCUCUAUGAACUAAAAAGAGACGUCUGGCUAAGCCCAGACUGACCAUGCUGCUCUUUGCCUUCCUUUCUCCUGCCUCUGUACAGGUAAGGAGAGUGUUGGGUAAACGGACGUCAUAUCAAGAUACAUUAGGUUAUGAUGACAUUAUUAUAUUGACCAACAGUUUCUAUUUGACUGUACAAUUCAAAACAAGUAGUUUCUUGUAGCACUUGAACUCUUGUUGAAAUGGACACUGAGAAUAGGCCUUGAUACUGAGAUGAUUACAGUUUACAGAUGAUUCCAAACCAUUUUUGUCUGCCAUUAUAAAUCAGCUUUAGAUGAUCAUCUUGUGUAAGUCUUGAUUAAACUUUUUCCUUUUAACAAUCUCA